UUAUAGGAUAUAGUAAAAUUAAGGAUUUUUUUUCUUUGCCUCAUCAUGGUAUGGAAUUUAAUGAUUGAUUUUUAUUUCUAUGUUUAAUUUCAAUUAAUGUUGUAAAUAAUAGUUAUAACAUAGUCUCAAUAAUGAAAUAUUACUGCAAGUAAUAUUUUGUCUACCUGACUUUAUUUUCGUGCUACAGCAUCCAUUCAACUCAAAGGCAAACAAAUGGUUAAGUCAAACAAUUUGAAUCUAUAGAAAAUUAUCGGAAGACUUAGAAUGAACCCAAAGGAAAACAAAUGGUUAAGUCAUUAGUUCUUCAUUUGUUCAUCAUUUAUUUCAAUUAUUGAAAAAAUAAUUAAUCUAAAAUGAUGUAGGCUUAUCAACUCACUGUGAGAAGACUUUACCCCCAUGUAAUUCCUUGUUUUUUUAUUAAUAUUUUGCUCGCCAACUUCAAGUGGUAAUUAAGCAUUUGUCUAUGCCUUGUCUCCUCAAAAUAUUUCACAGGGGAACAAGAUUAAGAAAGUGGAAUAUAUAAUUUCAAUGCACAAAUGAAAAUUCUGAUGCUAGUCCACAAAGGAAGUAAUUAAUUAAUAAAAAAUGGAGUGAUUUAUUUCAUUUGUACUGAAUAUAUUAAUAACAGGGCAGCAAAAUGUCCAAUCACAUGAAAAGAUUAGGUUACAGAAAGAAUCUGAAGCCUUGGCAGGGUAUGGAAGAACAAGCACUUUCUUGGCAUUUAGUCAUAAAAAAAAAUAUUAACUGAAGUGAAGAAAAGUCGAUGAUUUGACAAAAGUUCAAAGAAAAGACGGUGAACAAGUUGACAAUGAUACAGAGAACACCAAUAAUCUGUACAAAACACCUAUAAUCCGUGUUUGAUUAACUAUCCAAAUACAUUUAAAUAUCCACUAAUUGGCUAUUUGAAUCAGAUUAAAUUGUUUAAGUACCCAUAAAUGUUCAAUUAUUGGGCAUCUGUAUAUAUAAAUUAUGUGACGUGAUUUGUUUGAUAUAUAUUAAGGCAUAGUGAAUGAUCUUUAUUGACAUGUAGCUGCUGAAUUCAAUACAUGAUAAAUUAUAUAAUUCGAGCUCAAAUUUCUCCAACAUGUUUGUUUUCCCAUGUUACCUUUUGCUACCAUGAAUCAGUGGGCAGCUCCAAAACCACUGGCUCCUCGUUUCCAUUUCUUUUCCACAAGAUUUAAUUUGUGAAUAAAAUUAGCUGUUUUAGCUUUGCUUUUAGUAGAAACUUCAGACUCAGAGAGUCGUAUUAUCAUAAUGGCAAUGCCAUCCAUGAUGAUCCAAUCUCUCUGUUAACUUGUGAUGCUUCUAAUUGUGCUAACUUAUUAAAUACCAAUCCACACUUUUAUUAGCUUAUUUGUUCUUCAAUAUUAAGUAGGGAAGAGUUAAACUUUCAUUGUGAGAAUUAUCUGAUAUUUGAGAUGAUGCUGAGAUCAGUGAAACUGUCUUCUUGUUUUUUUUUCUUUCCUCUCACUACUUUUUAAAGUUAAUUAAUCUGAUAAUUCUCCUAAUUGUAGGGGCAUUCUCGUAGGGCCAUCUUUAUAAAAGCCUCCUUUUCUCUCGUCUCUCUUCCUUUUGUUCUCAAACAAAGUGACACCUGUUUACGAUUAAGGAUAGAGGAUUUGCUAAUUAAGAAAAAAUAGGAGGGAUAUGGGAAAAUGUGGCAAGCUCCGCUUGGUGGUGCGCCUCCAGCAGAUGCUGCGCCGGUGGUUGCUGCGGACGGCGACGGCGGCAGAUGUACCGGCUGGGCACGUUGCAGUGUGCGUGGGGAUCAGCUCCCGGCGGUUUGUCGUCCGCGCGACGAGUCUCAACCAUCCGAUCUUCCGGCAGCUGCUCCGGCAGGCGGAGGAGGAGUACGGCUCUCCCUCCAGCGGUCGCCCAGGCCCGCUCUCUCUCCCCUGCGACGAAGUUCUCUUUGAACACCUCCUCCACCUCAUAUCCACCACCUCCUCCUCCUCUUUCGGCUUCGCCAACUGUGACAUCAACGAAUUGGCAAAACUCUGCUCCUCCACAACUCCUCCCUCUGAUUCCUAUCGCUGCUGCAGCAUUGGCCGGUGGCUACCUUCGGCUGACGAUCUGCCGCUCCUCCACCCACACUGCUUCUCCCACGCCUUCCGGUGAAGCGCCUCUAUUUCAGCUCGAAUUAGCUUCCAUCUACAUGUGGAAGUGGAGUGAAGAAAACAAAGUAUCUCUACUUCCAAGUCACCGAGUUAUAUAUAUACCUGUUUCUCCGCAUCGUUGAGUUUGCAAAUUUUUUUUCAUGUAUUUUUUUUUUUCUGUUUUUAUUCUUUUGGUGAGUUAUAAAAUAAUUAAUGUUUAAGAGUAGAGAAGAUAGAUUCUGU